UCUACCGUUGUUCGGGCGUCAAUAGCUGUUCCCAAUGGUUCCGUCGGGGCUGCGGCGGCUUGGUUCGUGUGCUGCCGCGUAUCGCGGCACCAGGGUGUGUCAACGCUACACAGGAGGAAGCGGGUUAUUCUCCCCGAUCCCGAUCGAAGUUCCGCACAACCGGGGAUUGUUAGCCGGAUCGCGAUCGGGGCCAAGGCUCCAAUCUUUCCUCCAUUCAACAGGGUGUCCAUCUGAGUCGUCAUCAGCGGAUCAGCGGGAGCGUCUUCUCGCUGCAUGUGUUCUUGAAAGACUACCAGUAGUUCUUCCGGAGCUUCCCAUCUGGGAGUCUGAUUUCCAGACAUUCUGCUUCGAAAGACAGCAGCAAGAACGAAAGGAACCUCCUGAUGAGUUUCUCGAUGCAGCGUCAUCUCUCGGACGGGAAGAUGACGAUCUGGAGUUUGAGCCAGCGCCUUGUAUCACAGAAGCCGAUCGCAAGAAUGACAGAAGGUCGUUGAACCGGGCAUUGGCGCAGCGAUUGUAUCUUAUUGUGUACGGUAAAUCUGCGCUACAGCCCGACAGCAAGCAACCGGUGUGGCACUUUCCUCUGGUCGAACACUCGGCUGGCGAGACAAUACGACAGGCUGCGGAGAGGGCCCUUGUGCAAAGGUUGGGGUCAGGGAUGGAUGUCUACUUCGUUGGAAAUGCUCCUUGCGGCCAUCUUGAGAGGUCGGAGCCCAUCUCUAAGGUGUUUUUCUUCAGGUCACAGAUUUUGAAAGGAUCGAUAGAGCUGCAGGGUGGCAUCAAGGAUUAUGCGUGGGUGACGAAGGCGGAACUCGCCGAUUAUUUCGAUCACACCCAGAGUGAGGAUCACAAGUUGCUUAUGCAGAAGAUGCUUUCGUCCUGAAACAACUUCCCCCUAAGAGAAAACAGGUGUUCUACUUUGUAAUGUUUUUCGAAUGCUCCAUCGAAAACUCCGGCUGUGACUACGUGAUUGAUUGAUUGGAGUGUGCUACAUCUGUUCUAAGCUACACACACCCGCAGCCUCCGGAAGUCACCGCCCAAGAGGAGGCCAGUAGGCCCCGCUAUAUCGUCCGGAGGAGCAAGCAGCUAUGUCGUUGUAUGGGCACUUGUUUGUCAACACAGAAGUCAGAUGAGGAGAAGAGAGGUAGAAGUGAGAUUCUUGUUGGAGUGUGUUAUGUGUAUUCCAAUUUAGGUAAGUUUUGAUUUCAACUACGUCCAAUCAUAUUCCUCGAGAUUUGGCGGGCGGUAUUUUUUGUGGAGCGGAGUGCGGGGAAAUAAGUUCAAAAAAAUGGUUCCUGAGUUUUCUGAUGACCCGUGACGAGGUUCAGGGAUGCCGGCCAUGUGCAUACAUGAUGCAAUCUUGUCCCCAGUGCAACCUGUCCCACCUUACCGCAGUCGACUGCACCUGACCCGUC